AUGUUUAAAAAAGAAAAGAAAACGAGUAAGAGUGAUGAUGAAGACGAAAGAGUUCCUGAUAUUAAAGGAAAUUCUGAAAUAGCCUUAACUGCGUUGAAUGUUGCGGGUGCUAUGGGAGAACCUUUUUUGCCAUUGAUUGGUGCUGUAACUAUCGUGAUUUCAGAAAUUAUUAAAGUCUAUGAAGAUGUCCAGUAUAAUAAGAAGAUCUGCAAUUCACUUAUGGAUCGUGUGGAUAAUGCUGGGGCAGCCGUCAGAACUUUUGAAAGAAGACAAACUGAAAAUGAAAAAGAUUUUUGUAAUCAAGAAUUUUAUAAUUCAUUUGUUCGUUUCGUUGAAAUCAUGAAACGAAUUAAAAAAUUUAUCGGUGAUGUAUCGAACUUAAACAAAUACCAAAAAUUCAUACGUUCCGGUUCA